GAAGUGCUGUGCGCCCAGUAGCUGUGGGGAGCUGAGGGGUGCUGGAUGGGCUUUGGCCAGCCUCAUGGUCAGUCUGGCGGUGAGGCGUGGAGCUCUGCCUUUGGGAUCCCUGGGAAUGUAGUGGGUGCUGGGGCAGCCUGGGUCCCUCCACCCGCGUUUGCGCCUUACUCCUGUCCACACCCAGGCCUCCGCCGGCAGUUCUCCACGCAGGAGAUGACCCCCCAGAUCUGUGUGGUGGGUAGUGGCCCAGCUGGCUUCUACACAGCCCAGCACGUGCUCAAGCACCAUGCCAAGGCCCAUGUGGACAUCUACGAGAGGCAGCCGGUGCCUUUCGGCCUGGUGCGCUUUGGUGUGGCACCAGACCACCCUGAGGUGAAGAAUGUCAUCAACACCUUCACGCAGACAGCCCGCUCUCCACGCUGCGCCUUCUGGGGCAACGUGGCCGUGGGCAGGGACGUGACAGUGGCCGAGCUGCGGGAGGCCUACCACGCCGUGGUGCUGAGCUACGGCGCUGAGGACCACCAGACCCUGGGUGUGCAGGGUGAGCAGCUGCCGGGCGUGCUGUCGGCACGGGCCUUUGUAGGCUGGUACAAUGGGCUUCCGGAGAACCAGGCCCUGGCCCCGGACCUGAGCUGCGACACGGCCGUGAUCCUGGGGCAGGGGAACGUGGCUCUGGAUGUGGCCCGGAUACUGCUGACCCCUGUUGAGCACCUAGAGAGAACAGACAUCACCAAGGCGGCCCUGGAGACCCUGAGGCAGAGCCAGGUGAAGACGGUGUGGAUAGUGGGCCGGCGCGGGCCGCUACAAGUGGCUUUCACCAUUAAGGAGCUCCGGGAGAUGAUUCAGUUACCAGGAACGCGGCCCCUCUUGGAUCCUGCGGAUUUCUUGGGCCUCCAAGACAGAAUCAAGGAGGUGCCCCGCCCACGGAAGCGGCUGGCCGAGCUGCUGCUCCGGACAGCCACAGGACAGCCCGGACAGGCCGAGGCCGACCGCCGAGCACGGGCCCCCCGCGCCUGGGGCCUCCGCUUCUUCCGGAGUCCCCAGCAGGUGCUGCCUUCGCCAGACGGGCAGCGGGCGGCAGGUGUCCGCUUGGCAGUCACCAGGCUGGAGGGAACCGGUGAGGCCGCCCGGGCGGUGCCUACAGGCGACAUGGAGGACCUACCCUGUGGGCUUGUGCUUAGCAGCCUCGGAUACAGGAGCCGCCCCAUCGACCCCAGCGUGCCCUUUGACCCCAAGCUCGGGAUCAUCCCCAAUACAGAGGGCCGGGUUGUGGAUGCGCCAGGGCUCUACUGCAGCGGCUGGGUGAAGAGGGGCCCCACAGGUGUCAUCGCCACCACCAUGACCGACAGCUUUCUCACGGGGCAGACGCUGCUGCAGGACCUGCAGGCCGGCCUGCUGCCCUCAGGCCCCAGGUCCGGCUACGUGGCCAUCCAGGCCCUACUCGACAGCCGAGGGGUCUGGCCAGUCUCCUUCUCAGACUGGGAGAAACUGGAUGCUGAGGAGGUGUCACGGGGCCAGAGUGUUGGGAAACCCCGGGAGAAGCUGGUGGAUCCUCAGGAGAUGUUGCGGCUGCUGGGGCACUGAGCCCACAUCCCAGCCCCCGCAGUGCUGGGGGAGAGGGGCCCAGCCUGGAGGCUGCAUGGCCAUCAGUCCUGACCUGCUGGGGGCUGGGCUGCGUCCCCUCUACCAGUACCCCAGGGCCACUGUGGAGUUCGCAUUCAACAAGGUGGCAGCCGCAGCAAGGGUGGACGGAGGCGCGGGUGGCUGUGCUUUCUCCCACCUCUGCCCCGCUGGACUGCACAGGCCCCACGAGCGAGGGAGACGGGGCUGGAAAUAAAUGGGCUACAACCAA